CCUUGUUGAACUAAAUUGGCCUUUUUACACAGAAACUUGAAGAAGAAGUAUAUGUGGAGGAUGAUGAGGAUGGCAUUGGCAACCCGUGUGAAAUUGGCAAAUCAUGAUUUUGAAUCACUUUGCUUGGUUUCUUUCUUAUUCUAUACUCUGAUCACUGCCGUAGUAGUGGCUGGUGAUUCUCUGGAUAGUGAUAGAGAAGCCUUGUUAAGCCUGAGAACGUAUCUCGAAUCACGGAACCCACAGAACAGAGGAGUCUAUACGGAAUGGACAAGGGAGAAGCAAGAUGUGUGUAACUGGCCUGGGAUCAUAUGUACACCUCCGGGAAGUAGAGUUACCGGGAUCAAUCUACCUGAUUCCACCAUUUCAGGUGCUUUAUUCGGGAACUUCUCUGCGUUAACGCAGCUCACGUAUCUCGAUUUUUCGAGGAACACGAUCGAAGGGUCGAUUCCAGAUGACCUGAGCCGUUGUCACAACUUAAAGCAUCUUAAUUUUUCUCAUAAUAUCAUUGAAGUAAAGCUUAGCUUACCUGGUUUAUCAGAUCUUGAGGUUCUUGAUCUGUCGGUGAAUAGGAUUGCGGGUGAUAUCCAGUCUAGCUUCCCAUUGUUCUGCAACAGCUUGGUUGUUGCAAAUCUGUCGACAAACAACUUUACUGGCAGAAUCGAUGACAUCUUCGACGGGUGUAGGAAUCUCAAGUAUGUUGACCUCAGUUCCAAUGGACUCAGUGGACAAGUGUGGGCUGGUUUUGGGAGGACGGUCCAGUUUUCAGUUGCUGAUAACUUUCUCUCCGGGAAUAUCUCAGCUUCCAGGGGGAACUGUAUCGUGGAAGUGUUGGAUUUAUCUGGCAACAUUUUCGGUGGGGAGUUUCCAGGCCAAGUUUCCAAGUGCCAGAAUCUAAGUGUAUUGAAUCUGUGGGGAAACAAGUUCAUAGGGAACAUUCCAGCUGAGAUAGGUUCCAUAUCCUCUCUCAGAGGUUUGUACUUGGGGAAUAAUACAUUCUCUCGAGACAUUCCGGAAACUCUCCUGAACUUGACCAACUUGAUAUUUCUGGAUUUGAGCAGAAACAAGUUUGGAGGAGACAUUCAAGAAAUAUUUGGGAGAUUCACUCAAGUUAAGUAUAUGGUCCUGCAUGCCAACUCAUAUGUUGGAGGCAUUCGUUCUUCCAACAUCCUCAAGUUGCCUAAUCUUUUAAGGCUAGAUUUGGGCUACAACAACUUCUCGGGAGAGUUACCUGCUGAAAUUUCCCAAAUCCAAAGUUUGAAGUUCUUGAUCUUUGCUUAUAAUAACUUCAGUGGCAACAUACCACAGGAGUAUGGGAACAUGCCGGGGCUUCAAGCACUCGAUCUCUCCUUUAACAAGCUGACCGGUUCAAUACCAGCUUCAUUUGGAAAUUUGACCUCUCUUUUGUGGCUAAUGCUUGCAAAUAACUCUCUAUCAGGAGAAAUCCCUCGAGAGAUUGGCAACUGCAGGAGCCUUUUGUGGUUUAACGUGGCAAACAACCAGCUCUCUGGUAGAUUCCAUCCUGAAUUGACCAAAAUGGGUAGUAAUCCUCUUCCAACGCUUGAAGUCAACAGGCAAGACAACGACAAGAUAAUUGCUGGUUCCGGUGAGUGUUUGGCGAUGAGGAGGUGGAUUCCAGAAGAGCUCCCUCCUUUCAACUUUGUAAACGCAAUUCUUACCGAAAAGAGUUGCAGAAGCCUAUGGGACCAUGUUCUGAAAGGGUACGGUCUUUUUCCUGUCUGCACUGCUGGUUCCACAGUACGCACACUUAAAAUUUCAGCCUAUCUUCAGCUCAGUGGAAAUAAGCUUUCAGGUGAGAUUCCUGCAAGUAUCUCUCAGAUGAACAAGCUAAGCACGCUACAUUUGGGAUUCAAUGAGUUUGAGGGGAAACUGCCUUCAGAGAUAGGAAAAUUGCCUCUUUCAUUCCUCAAGCUCACCCGGAACAAUUUUUCAGGCGAGAUUCCUCAAGAAAUCGGAUAUCUCAAGUGCAUGCAGAAUCUUGAUCUGUCUUACAACAAUUUCUCAGGAAAAUUUCCAAUGAGUUUGAAUGACUUGAAUGAGCUGAGCAAGUUCAACAUCUCAUAUAACCCUUUCAUUUUUGGUUCAAUACCAACAACGGGACAACUGGCAACUUUUGAUCAAGAAUCCUUUCUUGGAAAUCCGCUGCUGCAGUUUCCUAGUUUCUUCAACCGAUCAGGGAACAACACUUUGAGCUCAAGGGAACCAGAUAAUGGAAGAGAGAAAGACGACGAAGACGACGAAGCUUCUAUUGACAUUGUGGUCUUCUAUUGGAGUACUUUUCCAUUUUAUAUGACUGCACUCAUUGGCAAUCUUGGACUUCUGUACUUCGAUUGUCCUUGGAGUCGAGCAUGGCUCCGCCUUGUUGAUGCUUUCAUCGCCUCAAAAAACUAGAUGUUUUGUUAAAUCCUUCAGCUCAGUUCUUGAAUAUUUCUCUUUCAUGCAAGAUUUAAAUUCACUUUACCUCUGUAAAAAGUAUAC